AUGGCGCACGAUUGGUAUAUCCUUCAAGCAGCCACAAAUGCUGCUGCGGUUGCUGAGACUGCUGCCGCUGAGAUACAGGCCACAUAUUCGGCUAAUCAACAGCAAGAACAACAACAACAACAACAACAACAACAACGUUAUUGGCACAAAGCAAUACCACCAUUCAAUAUAUACCAAACCGCGCAAAUAGCAACAAUGGAGCAACAACGCCAACAACAACAACUUCCGUUAACUUAUUACGCUUACAAUGGGAGUAGCGACAGCGGAAAUUACAAUGCACCGACACAGGAUAUGCGCGUCAUGGAACCAUAUGUCUUGCCGAUAAGUAAUCGAGGAGGCGCGGUAAUGCCCUCCGGUGGAAUGCAUAAGAAGCAACAAGCGAUUGACAAAAGCAAUAGGAGCAACAAAAACAACAACAGCAACAUAAGUAAGCGCAAUACCGACGCGAGUAUUGUCAACAACCACAUUAACCGAGAAAAUAUCAACACUUAUAAUAACAACAACAGCAACAGCAGCCAUAUUCAGAGUCAGAAUCAACACAAUAAGCAGUACAUUGAACACACAACAGCAACAACAAGCAAUGUAAACAAUGCCAACAGUAUUGUUGUGCAACCACAACACGCAACCUUGUUUGGCUGGCAGGAUAAUGAAAGCAAAAUCAUUGCUGCUCUAAGGGGUGUGGAUAAUGCCAAAGGACAAAAUGCCAACGACAAAAGUGAUGACGAAAAACAACGUACCAAUGCAGAGCGUGAUGCGACGGUGGCAGUCAGCAGUGUAGUAAAUGGCAUGAAUAAUCUGGAGGAUGCACAAUUCAGUGAAGUUUUGUUGCCGUUAAGAAAUGUAUUGGAUAAAGUAACACAAUUUUGUGUCACAUCGAAGCACAUCAUCAGCGAGGAUGAAGGAG